UCUCCAUCCACCUGCAGCGCUGUCUCGCGUUCCGCCGCAAGCGCUGCCUCCGCCCAGCCGACCGGGAUAUACAGCAGCACCAGAAGUGGCUCAGACAUGACGGAUAACAUCCCUUUACAACCCGUCCGGCCCAAGAAGAGGCAUGAUAGUAAGCACAAAAGCGGGUGCUGUCCUUGGCUGCGAUGUUGUGGAAAUGGAGAGUUUAGACCCCGGACUGUGUGGCUUGGUCAUCCAGAAAAACGGGAGCAAAGAUAUCCAAGCAAUGUCGUCGAUAACCAGAAAUACAACAUCUUUACUUUUCUCCCAGGGGUCCUGUUUAAUCAGUUCAAGUACUUUUUCAACCUGUACUUUCUGCUGCUUGCGUGCUCUCAGUUUGUGCCAGAAUUGAGGCUUGGUGCACUUUACACCUACUGGGUUCCUUUGGGAUUUGUGUUGAUUAUUACAAUCAUCCGAGAAGCUGUGGAAGAGAUUCGAUGUUCUAUGCGUGACAAAGAAGUGAACUCACAGAUAUACAGCAAACUCUCCACACGUGGCACAGUUAAAGUGAAAAGUAGUGGAAUUCAAGUGGGUGAUAUCAUAUUUGUGGAAAAGAACCAGCGAGUUCCUGCUGAUAUGAUCUUUUUGAGGACAUCAGAAAGAAAUGGGUCUUGCUUCCUACGCACAGAUCAGCUUGAUGGGGAGACAGACUGGAAAUUACGGCUUCCUGUCUCUUGCACGCAAAGGCUUCCUACUGCAGGUGACCUUCUCCAAAUCAGAUCUUAUGUUUAUGCAGAAGAGCCAAAUAUUGACAUACAUAGCUUUGUUGGGACCUUCACCAGAGAGGAUGGUGAUCCCCCAGUGAAUGAAAGCCUGAGUAUUGAGAACACCUUAUGGGCGAGCACAGUCAUUGCUUCUGGUACCAUUGUUGGAGUUGUUAUUUACACUGGAAAAGAGCUGCGCAGUGUAAUGAACACAUCAAACCCUAGAAACAAGAUUGGCCUUUUUGAUUUGGAGGUGAACUGCCUCACCAAAAUCCUCUUUGGUGCACUCAUUGUUGUGUCUUUAGUCAUGGUAGCACUGCAGCAUUUUGCUGGACGUUGGUACCUUCAAAUCUUUCGCUUCUUACUUCUAUUUUCAAACAUCAUUCCAAUCAGUUUGCGAGUAAACCUUGAUAUGGGGAAGAUGGUGUACAGCUGGAUGAUUCGAAAAGACUCCAAGAUUCCUGGAACCGUAGUGAAAGCAAGCACCAUUCCAGAGCAACUAGGAAGAAUCUCUUAUCUCUUGACAGAUAAGACAGGGACACUCACUCAGAAUGAGAUGGUUUUCAGACGUCUUCAUUUGGGAACGGUAGCUUAUGGAAUGGAUUCCAUGGAUGAAGUGCAAAGCCACGUUUUUAGUGCCUACACACAGCCGUUACAUGAACCACCUACCACAAGAUCCCUUUUAUCUACGAAAGUACGCAAGACCAUCAGCAGUCGAGUUCAUGAAGCUGUGAAGGCAAUUGCUCUGUGUCAUAAUGUUACCCCAGUCUAUGAAUCCAAUGGUGUAACAGACCAGGCAGAAGCUGAGCAACAUUAUGAAGACUCUUGCAGGGUUUAUCAGGCUUCAAGUCCAGAUGAGGUUGCCUUGGUACAGUGGACUGAAAGUGUUGGACUGACGCUUGUAGGUCGAGACUUGUCGUCUGUUCAUCUGAGGACCCCUGGUGGACAAAUUUUAAAUUUUACAAUUUUACAGAUUUUUCCUUUCACAUAUGAAAGCAAACGUAUGGGAAUCAUUGUGAGGGAUGAAUCAACAGGGGAAAUCACAUUUUACAUGAAGGGUGCAGAUGUUGUCAUGGCAGGUAUUGUCCAAUAUAACGACUGGCUUGAAGAGGAGUGCGGGAACAUGGCAAGAGAAGGGCUCAGAGUUUUAGUAGUGGCGAAGAAGUCAUUAUCAGAAGAACAAUAUCAAGACUUUGAGGCAAGGUACACACAAGCUAAGUUAAGUGUUCAUGACCGAUCUUUGAAAGUGGCCACAGUAAUCGAGAGCCUUGAGAUGGAGAUGGAGCUUCUGUGCCUUACUGGUGUAGAAGACCAACUGCAAGCUGAUGUGCGUCCCACUUUGGAAACCUUGCGCAAUGCUGGUAUCAAGGUGUGGAUGCUUACUGGCGAUAAAUUGGAGACUGCUACCUGCACUGCCAAAAAUGCACAUAUAGUGACCAGGACACAAGACAUUCAUAUAUUUCGUCCAGUAACAACACGAGGAGAGGCCCAUUUAGAACUCAAUGCUUUCAGGAGAAAACAUGAUUGUGCUUUGGUGAUUUCAGGAGACUCAUUAGAAGUUUGUUUAAAGUUCUACGAGUAUGAAUUCAUGGAGUUGGCUUGUCAGUGUCCAGCUGUCAUCUGCUGCAGAGUGGCUCCCACACAGAAGGCCCAGAUUGUUAGGUUGCUGCAGGAGCGUACUGGCAAACUUACCUGUGCUGUUGGGGAUGGUGGAAAUGAUGUCAGCAUGAUCCAAGAAGCAGACUGUGGUGUUGGUGUUGAAGGAAAGGAAGGAAAGCAGGCGUCUUUGGCUGCUGAUUUUUCUGUUACUCAGUUCAAACACUUGGGCAGAUUACUCAUGGUCCAUGGACGAAACAGCUAUAAACGUUCAGCCGCCCUCAGCCAGUUUGUAAUUCACAGAAGUCUCUGCAUCAGUACAAUGCAGGCUGUUUUCUCCUCUGUAUUUUAUUUUGCAUCAGUCCCUCUUUAUCAAGGAUUUCUUAUCAUUGGGUACUCCACCAUCUACACUAUGUUUCCUGUUUUUUCUCUGGUGUUAGAUAAGGAUGUGAAAUCAGAAGUGGCAAUGCUAUAUCCUGAGCUCUACAAGGAUCUGUUGAAGGGUCGCCCUCUUUCUUUUAAGACAUUUCUAAUUUGGGUUCUGAUAAGUAUCUAUCAAGGCAGCAUCAUUAUGUAUGGAGCCCUUCUUCUCUUUGAGUCGGAGUUUGUCCACAUCGUAGCCAUCUCCUUUACAUCUCUGAUUCUCACAGAGCUACUGAUGGUGGCUUUAACUAUUCAGACUUGGCACUGGCUCAUGAUUGUGGCCGAGUUGCUCAGCCUGGCUUGCUACAUUGCUUCGCUUGUUUUCCUUCAUGAAUUCAUUGACAUCUACUUUAUUACGACAUUAUCUUUCCUGUGGAAGGUGACUGUGAUCACCCUCAUCAGCUGCCUCCCACUGUAUAUCCUCAAGUAUUUACGCAGGAAAUUCUCUCCACCCAGCUAUUCUAAGCUUACUUCAUAAUUUCAGGGGGUUGAUCGGGAACUCUUCAGAAUGAUUGUAUUUAAUGUGUUACUAAAGCCUCUGAACGUUUUAUUAACAAUUGAAAUAAAGUGGGUUUUAAUGGACUUACUAAAAUGAGAGCAAGAACAAUUCCAUUUUAAACAAAUUGUUACCAACCAGUUGGAGCCAUUGAGAAGAAAUACAGCAGUUGAUUUUGUGAAUGGAUAUUUUUUUUUACACAGUGGAUACCAAGCAGUUUAGAUUCAAAAUAAUAUGGUCCACUAUCUAGCCACUUUGGUGGAAGUAAACUCAUGUCUAAGACAUUCUAAUGCUUAUUUGUGCACUCAAGAUACAUGAUACCAAAACAUAUGCUGAAGCUGUCACUCUCAGUAUUUAAGGUGGGAUCUGAUUAUUUACAAUUAACAGACGACUUGUAGCGUUAGUUCUGAUUGACAUCCGCCACUGAGGCAUCCAGGUGCGCUGCACAGUAUUCUAUUGCCUUUCCGUCUCUCAACCAAAAACUGGACUUUACGUUGAUUGAAGAGAAGAUUUGCACAGCCAUGUUUUUCAUACUCUUAGCGUCUGUUGCUUUUAUAAGGCACUCUCUUUCACAGGAGAGCUCUUCAGAUCAUUCCUCAUAACAUUUAGUAAAGACCGCAUAAAAAUUCAAGGCAAACACAUAUAUUGAGAUUUGAAAUUGCUUGAGAUUGUUUUUUUCUAAACGGGAAAGGACCCAUCCAAAAAUCUGUGUACAUUCUAAACUGAAGUAGCAAAAGUAGUUAGCCCAUUUCCUGAACACUGACUUGAACCCAACAGUAGGGUCCCUGUGUAAUUUAUGGUCACACAACAGCGUGGAAAGUGAAACGUUAACAGCAGCCUCUUCUUGUAAGUGGGUGACCAUGUGUUUUCAGCCUUUUUCCUGAUUAAUAAACUUCUGGUUUUAUACACUCAUAUAUCAUUAACACAGGACUGUGGUUAUUUCCGUUUUUUUAGUAUUCUCAAUCAUGUACUUCUUAAAUAACAACUCAGCACUGAGUUAAUAAAUUUGACCUUAUAUAUUAGUGCAUUUUACAACCGAACAUGGAGGUAACGUCAGUGUUUUUUACUGCCAGUGAAGGAGGCACUUCGGUCGUUGUUAAAUAGUGUUGAUUACAUUGAAAGUUUCUGCCUGUGUAUUAACAAAACAGUGUUGUGAAGCAUUUGAUGUCAGUUAAUAUCCAGCAACUCUUCUGUGCCUGUGUGGCCAAGUCCUCUCAUUGCGUGCCUUUAAAAGGAGUCGUAACAGACAUCAGGGAAAGGAUCUGUAGGCAGUCGAAAUCUUUCCAAUUGAUGAUGUCGUUUUACAAGAUCUGUACAGAGGUGCAGGUUGCUUAAAUCGUAUGUGUGGGCAUUUAUCUGAAACAGGGAAACAGUUGUUGUUGAAAAUUGAAAACAGAAGGCCUGGGGCUGUUUGUGUGCCAGCUGUAUGCUCUGUGCAUGCAAGUUCCUGUAGUUCGCUGUUUGCUCGUCCUUGUUGUUGCAUGAUCUGGUGUGCCAUGCUGGGAGUUAUGGCCAGUUUUUAGUUGUGAAUUGAAAGGGCUCAAUUUUUUGUCUGCAAUUUGUUUCAUGGUGCUUUUUAUUACAGCUGAUGGUAAAAACUCAACCAUGGCCAACUCAAAAAAAAAAAAAAAAGUAAACCCUGAACACCCCUCCACGACUUGGUAUGAAUACUAACACAUUUGUCCAUUUUGGGACCACAAGGAGCUGAAGGCGAUUCCAACAGCAUUGGGCGCAAGGUGGUUAAAACGGCUCUGGCUGAGGUGCCAGUCUAUCACAGUAAAUAUUCAUGGGCGAGUGACGUAUGGAGAGAAGAAUUUUAAGUGUUCUCAGUCAAAGAUUAUAUUUGACCUUGGCUGGAUGGAUAUCUUCAUAUUCAGUCAUUUUUCCUAAUUGCCAUCCGAGUGUUGUAAUCUCCACCAGCCUCCAUCAUUAGAAAAUGUCUUUACGUAAUCUCCUUCCAAGAUAAGUUUGGAAACGUUUUGUCCGAGUUAAUGGUUCCAACAAAAUCAACAAAAGUAGCUAUCUUCAUAAAUAUAAAAUGUUCUGUCACAGGAACCAAAUCAUAUUUGUUCCACUAUAGUGAUCUGCUAACAUCUUUUAUAAUGCAGCUACUCAUGUUCUACUGCUUAUCUACCGAACUUGAGACCUGAAAUGCUCUUAUAAACUAUUCUGUUUGGUGCUUUUACAAAGCUUCAAAAUGUAAACAUUUUAUUUUCACAGUUUUGUUCAGGCACUGUGGCCUUGUGGCUAAGGAGUAAGUUGUGAAACUGUUUGUCCCAUUAUUGAUUCAUUUUAUUUAAUUAUUCUUUUUGGCUGUCUAUUUUUAUACAACACAUUUUCCAUUGACAAAUUGAGAGCACUUCACACAUUUACAAAUAUCAACCUGAAACAGAAAACAUCAUGCAGUAUGUGCAUUCAAAUAUAGAUCUGUGUAUUUAAUAACGCAGUGGUGUCCCAGUGCCAAAGGCAGAAUUCUAGAAACAACAUUGGAUCUGCAACUCCUUGUGCAUAAAAUAUAUGCACACAUGUCAUUGAGGGCACCCCCAUCAGAACAAACUAAUACUGCAACAACAGGACAACGUUACGGUCCACAAAGGGCUUGUCUUGGCCAAAGGCCGUCGCUGAUUAUUUGGAGUGAGGGAGCCCUGCUGGGCCACCAUUCACCAUGGCCAAUGUAGUGUCUCAUCGCUUAGUAGAUUUUGUGCUGGAUGUGUGACCAGUUGGUGUCACUGCUACCACCCAUGACUUCUCCUCUGCUAGAGUUACACCGCUGCCAGUUUCCAUUUUGUGUGUAAAUGGCUGUGUUUCUUGUGAUGCCAACAUUUUGUACUUGGUUGUUAAUUCCAGGACCUGUUUUAUGUAUUCUCUUUGUGUUCGAUAUCCAGCAAAUUGCACAGAUAAAAUGUAAGAACAAAAAAUGGGCUCAUUGUAAUAAAAGAGUAACUUGUGAAAAUAAACUUUUAAUAUUGUUGUUAUUUGCAAA